AUGUUUGGAGAUGCAAUCGUCAACUUCCUUUCAAUACAGAAUCCGAUAAUCGCCUUCGGGACCCUCAAGAACUGGUCCCGUCGUGCCUUGUACAACAAGAUAGACCUUUGCACCCAAUCCUGCUACAGUCAGAUCAUCCCCGGACUCUACCUCAGCAAUGCCAGAGCCGCAGCAGACCGAGAUGUGCUUCGACAUCUUAAAAUCACCCAUGUGCUCACAGUUGAGGCGCGACGCCUACCGAAGUCAGCUUUUGUCGAUUCCGACAUCAGCACACUCUACAUUAGGGCCAAUGACACUCCUCAAACCAAUCUCCUACCGUACUUCCCAAUGGCCAAUGCUUUUAUUGAGGAGGGGAUCCAAAAAGGCAACGUUCUCGUGCACUGCCACUUCGGAGUCUCCAGGUCCGCCACCUUAGUGAUUGCGUAUAUCAUGCAAAAGUAUGGAUUGCGGUAUGAGCAAGCAUUUAACUUCGUACGACAGAGGAGGAGGUUCAUCAAUCCGAAUCCAGGCUUUGUGAACCAGUUGAAGCAGUAUCAAAGAAUAAACUACGAUGUUAGAGGUAUUAAACGACUGGAGGCUUAUAUGAACGUGAACGCGAGAAAGCACAGAUACAAAAUUGCGUCCUUUGCGGCCGUAUUAGUCGGGAUUGUCGUACCUUUGGCCGUCCUGGUUGGUUAA